CAAUCAAUCGCCUCCUUGGCGACAAACAAUACCGUCAACACUAAAUUCCACACUGCAUCUUCUCCUCACACACUGCCCACAGUGUUUAUUCACUUCCACCAAAACCUCCCCCCUAUAAAUCCCCUCAACUCUGCCAUCUUUCUAUCUCCAAACCAAUCACUUCUCUUACAACUGAACCAUAACAAACAGAUCAAAAAUGAAUUCCAGCAACGCGAUUUGCCCCGCCGCCCCAUCCGCCGCCGCGUCAUCGGGCACUCUAGGCCGACACCUGGCGCGGCGGCUGGUCCAGAUAGGCGCGACGGACGUCUUCUCCGUCCCAGGGGACUUCAACCUCACCCUCCUCGACCACCUCAUCGACGAGCCCGGCCUCAACCUCAUCGGCUGCUGCAACGAGCUCAACGCCGGGUACGCCGCCGACGGCUACGCCCGGGCAAAGGGUGUCGGCGCCUGCGCCGUCACCUUCACCGUGGGCGGCCUCAGCGUGCUCAACGCCAUCGCCGGGGCCUACAGCGAGAACUUGCCUGUCAUCUGCAUCGUCGGCGGCCCCAACUCCAACGAUUACGGAACCAAUCGGAUCCUGCAUCACACCAUCGGCCUGCCCGAUUUCACCCAGGAGCUCCGCUGUUUUCAGACCGUCACUUGUUUUCAGGCCGUGGUUAAUAACCUGGAUGAUGCCCAUGAGUUGAUCGAUACCGCCAUUUCCACUGCUCUGAAAGAGAGUAAGCCUGUUUAUAUAAGCAUAAGCUGCAAUUUGCCUGCCAUUCCUCAUCCUACUUUUGCCAGAGAGCCUGUCCCAUUUUUUCUUGCUCCAAAGGUUAGCAAUCAGCUUGGUCUUGAAGCAGCAGUGGAAGCAACGGCCGAGUUUCUGAAUAAAGCAGUCAAGCCAGUGAUUAUAGGAGGACCAAAGCUGAGGUUUUCAAAGGCGCAAAAGGCUUUCGUUGAACUCGCAGAUGCUUGUGGCUAUCCGAUAGCCGUGAUGCCCUCGGGCAAGGGACUCGUCCCGGAGAGUCAUCCGCACUUCAUAGGCACCUACUGGGGAGCGGUGAGCACCUCCUUCUGUGGCGAGAUUGUGGAAUCGGCUGAUGCAUACAUCUUCCUUGGCCCUAUCUUCAACGACUACAGCUCGGUCGGCUACUCUCUGUUGAUCAAGAAGGAGAAAUCUGUGAUCGUGCAGCCCAACCGCGUGACCAUAGGCAACGGCCCUUCCUUUGGUUGGGUUUUCAUGACUGAUUUCCUGACCGCAUUGGCCAAGAGGCUGAAGAGAAACACCACGGCUAUGGAGAACUACCGAAGGAUAUAUGUCCCUCCUGGCAUUGCUCUGAGACACGAUAAGGAUGAGCCAUUGAGGGUUAACAUCCUCUUCAAGCACAUCCAGGAAAUGCUGAGUGGCAAUAGUGCAGUGAUCUCAGAGACAGGGGAUUCAUGGUUCAACUGUCAGAAGCUUCGUCUCCCGGAGAAUUGUGGGUACGAGUUUCAGAUGCAGUAUGGAUCAAUCGGGUGGUCAGUUGGUGCAACUCUUGGCUAUGCGCAGGCUGCUAACGAUAAGCGCGUCAUUGCCUGCAUAGGCGAUGGAAGUUUCCAGGUGACGGCUCAGGAUAUAUCCACCAUGAUAAGAUGUGGGCAGAAGAGCAUCAUAUUCCUAAUCAACAACGGUGGAUACACGAUUGAAGUCGAGAUACACGACGGGCCGUACAAUGUGAUCAAGAACUGGGACUACACAGGCCUUGUGGAUGCUAUUCACAAUGGAGAAGGCAAAUGCUGGACUGCAAAGGUGAAAACGGAAGAUGAGUUGGUGGAAGCCAUAGCAACGGCGACAGAGACGCACAAGGAGUCGUUGUGCUUCAUUGAAGUGUUUGUUCACAAGGAUGACACGAGCAAAGAGCUGCUGGAAUGGGGAUCUCGUGUCUCUGCUGCUAAUAGUCGACCUCCCAAUCCUCAAUAAGAUAAUCAAUGGACAAAAUAAAAAUCUGCUUGCUCUGAAUUUGCGUUGCUCUUUUGUAAUAGGAGCGUGUCGUUUUUAUUUCUUCGGUUCAUAUGCAACUAAGCCAGUGUAUAAUGAAGAAAGAGUUAUUUGGGAA